CUUUUGUAGCUGCUUACUAUGCUCGUAAAGGUACAAUAAGGCUACUUAGUAAUAGCAUUAAGUAAGUUGUAGUUGUAACUCGAUAGUUUCUGUUGAGAACAGAAUGGCAUAACGUUAUCGGAUAGGAGUAAGGUUACGCUCUUCAUCAAGAAUUCACUUUAUCCAUAUUUCUGAAGGAAGCUCAACUAUGGCUAAGUACUUAAGCGGGGGAUGGCCCUGCUGUAGAUGAAUAAGUUGCACAGGUCUAGUUGUAAACCAACGAAAUGAAAGGUUAAGAUAUUAUAAUGGGUAGUUGUAAAAAAUCAUAAUCAUCAUGUAUCGUUUUUUAGUGUGGGAUCCGCUUCUCUUACGGUCGCACCGAUCGGACCAUGGAUACCAGCUAAGGCUGUGAUAGUGAUUAUGUUCUACGAGCAUGCACAACCACCAUGCUUUGACGAAUCCGACCAACCGAUAAAACAAAAAGGGGAAGGGUGAUGUUUCGUAUUUGCUUUGAAGAUGAAGUCAGCUGCUAUCCGACUUGGUCCGUUGAUGAAAAGCGACUUGUCUUCAAC